UUUGAUAUUGUUUCGUUUCGUUUGUUCUCAAUAUGAAAAUCCAAAUAUGGCCUAAAAACAAAGUAAAAGUAGAAUUUUCUUCACGUGUCUAUUUCUGUGUAUUCAUUUGUAAAUGAAUUAUGUGUGCCGUUUAAAAUGUUCUAAAUUCGUGUUUCUGUGGAAACAUUGAUUGAUGUUGCCUUCAGACAAAUUCGACGCAUAACAUACCGGUAACGGAGACGUUCCAUGACCGAAACAAACAGGCGAAGACAAUUUUUAAGGGACCAUUUCAAGGCAUUUGGCAUUUAAUCAGUUACUCGGCAUUAUAAUUAUGUCAAAUAUCACAUUAACCAUUAGACUUAUUCGAUCAUUUGAACAUCGGAAUAUAAAACAUAUCGUAUAUCGUGAUGUGGAUUCCAGUCAACAAGUUGGGACUUUCAUAGACAUGAUAAACAAUGACAUACCAAAUAGAACAGAGUUACCUCCACCUUUUAAAAAAUACAAAUAUGAUACCUUGAAGAUAUCUCAUAAACCAUUUGGAUUUAAGACAAAUGAUCCAGUAAUUAAUACAAUCAAUGAUGAAAUAUUAAUAUUAAAAACUGGUAAAUCUUUGGCUGAUAAUGGUAUUGUGAACGAGACAGAAAUAUCUUAUUUUAAGAUGACAGAUUACGAGGCCUACAAGAAGAGUUUAGAAACGUGAAUGUUAUUAAUUUCAAGCUAGGAAGAGGUCCAGAAAUUUGUAAAGAAAAACCAAGAUGACAGAUUACCAGGCCUGCAGAGUUUAGAUAUGUGAAUGUUAUUAUUAUAAAGUUAGGAAGAGAUCCACAAAUUUUAAAGACCUACAAGAAUCAUUUAGAUAUGUGAAUGUUAUUUUUAUAAAGUUAGGAAGAGAUCCACAAAUUUGUAAAGGCCUACAAAAAGAGUUUAGAUACAUGAAUUUUAUUGUUAUAAAAUUCGGAAAAGAUCCAAAAAUUUGUAAAGAAAAACUGGGUUUAUGUAGUAAAUUGUGUUUUAAACAACACUAAAUGUCAACGUUGUCAUCAAAUAUCAUGUGGAGUCGACCAUAAUUUGAAAUUUCUCAGUGAAAAAUAUACAUCUUUAUUUUUAUACUUACACCCCUUAGUGAAGUGAACCCAAGGAGAAGUAAACUAAGUCCUUUUAAUACCACAGCCACUAUUGAGAUUUGAGAGAGUAACAUCAUCCCAUGGCCACAUCAACACUUGCCUCAUGUUACUGCAAUUUGUGAUUACAUUUUUCGCAUUAGAAAAUGAAUCAGUAAUUGAUUGCAUGAGUUUUUUCCAGGUGAGAUGGGUCGAAAGCAAUUAUGAGCCACAGGUGUGUCAUAUACAUCGCCAUCUUUACAUCCAUCCUGUAAACGAAUUAAAAUGGCACUCCUUCUUUAUGCUGGGUCUAAAAUGCACAUUUGCUUGGAUUUUGCUGUGUGAUAUGUUUUGCCUGAUGACACAUGAUAAAGCUUAUUUUGAGAUGAAAUCGAUUGUGUGUUCAAACAAAUUGCAAUAACAAAUCAGAUCAACCAAUUAAUACUUCAUCUAAUGCUAGGUUGCCACUGUCGUGCGAUGCGUUACGAUAGGAUGGGCCAAUCGAUACGUUUGGAUACGUUUCCAUACCAUCAACACAAUUGCUACGACUGGCCACAAUAUAUGAUGAGAACUGAUAGGAUCACCACGAUUACCCCACGAUUUCAACCAAGAGAAAGAGAGGUGGGGGAUUAACAUCAACUCGACACAAACUAGGUCAUUUCGAGACUAAAAUAUGGUUCAAUUUUAUUACCCCCCCCACCCGAUUUCAAUCAUAGCUUGAAUCAUGAUAGUGGGAACCUAGCAUUAAUGAAUGGGUUUAGCUGCUUUCAAUGGACUGAUGUACUUAUUACCAGUACUUCAAUAAUAUGUUGAUCUGUAGUAAUUGGUUGGUAUUUUGACA